CCCGCUUACGUCCGCUCCUGCUGGUGGCGGCGGCGUUGGGGACGCUUCCCGCCCUUUCGUCAGCCCAGUGCUUCGGAGGGACCCUGACGAUGGAGAAGACGGUCGGGGUGGCUUUCAACGAGCCGUCUCAACCGCUGCUUAGCAAGCAGGACGCCGCCGUCACCAAUGAGUGUAACAGCGUCUGCAAGAACAAUCCCCAGUGCAGCGCCUUCUCCGUGGACUUCUCCACCUCCAGCUGCGUCUCCUUCGACAGGACCUCCGAGGGCCGGCGCAGGUCUCUCGUCCCAAGAGAAGCCUCGAACUACUAUGAGAAAAUCUGCUUAAGAGGCGUGGACUACAACCGGCUUUGUGGUCAGGAACGCCUUUGGGCGUUUGAGAGAGUCCUGGAUGCCUUCCUGGAUGGCUUCGAUAACAAGACCAUCCCCAACACUGACUCCCGCUCCGAGUGUCUCAAACUCUGUCUCACUGAGACGGACUUCCUCUGCAGGUCGUGUGAGUUCGACAUCACCCGGAGGCUGUGCAGACUCAGCAGAGAGGACAGAAGAACAAAGCCGAACGCCUUCGUGGCUGCUCCUGGCUCCUCCGUCGACUACAUCGAGAACCAGUGCGCCCGGCCGCUUCCCGACUGCCGAUAUACCAUUCAAAACGACGUGAUGGUCGUCUCGCUGGACGCUCUCGAGUUCGCUAACAUCCAGAGCGAUUGUGAGAGUCUCUGCGACAAGUCGCGAAUCAUGACCUGCCGUUCGUACACCUUUGAUCCCCUAGAAAAGAGGUGCUAUCUCUCAGGAGACGAUUCAGUGUCUCUCAACCAGACGGUGUUGCCAUACAAGCAGGGAGUUGUCACAGGAGAGAAGCAGUGUACUGUCAGUCAGUGUGAGAGGGACCAAGGGUCGAUCAUCUACGAGAAGAUCACCGGGCAGACGGUACGGACAGCCAGAGAGACCCUCUACCAGCUCGAUACUACGCCAGGAGGCCUCAGCGAGAAAUGCGGGCAGCGUUGCCUCGAGGACACAGGGGAGUGCCCAGCCUUCGCGGUUGACUACCGCAAUUCUCGCUGUUUCAAGCUUGACCGCAACACCCAGGGCCGCGGCCAAGAGAUCAUCAGCGCCCCCGGCAAGAGUUACUUCGAGAAGAUCUGCGUCAGGACCGCCAUCUCGUUACAGUGCCAAGGGAAGACUUGGCACUUCGAGAGAGUGCCGGGCAAAGAGCUCAGAGGCCUAGACGAUAGACAGAGGCCCCUGGUGCAGAGCCGCAGGGACUGUAUAGAGGCGUGUCUCCAAGAGAGUACCUUCGUCUGUAGGUCAGCCGAGUACGACACCUCCAGCCUCUUGUGUCGCCUCAGCAGGAGUGACAGGAGGUCGAACCCCAACGCCUUCGUCACCUCCACGUCCCCCACAGUGGAGUACCUGGAGAACCAGUGCACCCAAGUGGACGUGAGCUGUCCCUACAGGAAGACCGAGGGCGCCUAUCCCGUCUACCUGGACGACACCAUUGAGCAGGUCGUGUCGGAAGAGCAGUGUCAGAGAGCUUGCACGAACUACAGGCGAUUCAACUGUCGUUCUCUAUCCUACUUCCCUACCGGCUCCCAGUGCUUCGUUUCAGGGGACGACAUGGUGUCUGGAGGUGGUACUGAAGCUCUCCAGAACCGUCCGGGGACUACUUACUUCGAGAGGGACUGUACGAGCACUGGUGGCACUCCCGGAGGCGGAGGUACUGGCACUCCUGGAGGUGGAGGUGGUGUCAUACCUGGAGGAGGAGGUGGAGGGGGUGUCAUACCUGGCGGCGGUGGAGUCACACCUGGAGGCGGAGGUGGUGGCGUCAGACCUGGUGGUGGUGGAGUCAUACCUGGAGGCGGAGGUGGUGGCGUCAGACCUGAUGGCGGUGGGGUCAUACCUGGAGGAGGCGGAGUCACACCUGGAGGCGGAGGUGGUGGCGUCAGACCUGGUGGCGGUGGAGUCAUACCUGGUGGCGGCGGAGUUAUACCUGGAGGCGGCGGAGUGACACCUGGAGGCGGAGGUGUCAGACCUGGUGGCGGCGGAGUCACACCUGGAGGCGGAGGUGGGGGUGUCAGACCUGGCGGCGGCGGAGUCACACCUGGAGGCGGAGGUGGUGGUGUCAGACCUGGUGGCGGCGGAGUCAUACCUGGAGGUGGCGGUGUCAGACCUGGUGACGGCGGGUUUUCAUUCGCAGUAGAUCGCUGUAGCUUCGGCCGGCUCACCUACGAGAAGGUCACGGGCUUCGAACUCUCCGGCAUCAAGUCGGAAAUCCUCUUCUCCAGCAGGACUCCGGGGAUCACAGCGAGGUGCGCGGAGCUAUGCAAGAACCUCAACAGCUGCAUGGCCUUCAACCUCGACUACAACCGGUUCGAAUGCUACUCCUUGGACACCAGAGCCUCCGAGGUCCCCCAGAACCUUCGUCAGUCCAGUGGGGUCGGCUACUUCGAAGGCAUCUGUCUCCGGAGCGGAGGGUGUGGGCUGAGGUGGACCUUCGAACGCGUACCAAACUUCGAGCUGAGUGGCAGAGACAGAGAAACUCUGAAUGGCAUCAGCAAGUCAGAGUGCAUAGAGAGGUGUCUGGAGGAGCGGAGGUUUACCUGUCGCUCGGCCAACUACGAGUACGCUCGGAGGCUGUGUAGACUCUCGGAUCAAGAUCGCUUCUCUGCCCCAACCUCCUUCCAAGCCGCUCCCAACGUCGACUACCUGGAAAACCAGUGUGCUCCUAAGCCCGGGGGCUGUGUGUACAAGAACAAUCAGAGAGACAGGUACCUGAUCUACACCACCAAGGCUACCAGCGCCUUCAGCGACGCUACCUGUAAGCGAGCCUGUGAUGUGGAAACAGAAUUCAACUGUCGAAGCUACUCAUUCAUGAGUGCGAGUAACUCCAACACCAACCAGUGCUACUUGAGCGGCGACACAGGCACCAAUGCUGGCAACAGUGCCUUCCAGUUCCUCCCAGGAUCCAUGUUUGCCGAGAUGGAGUGUUCAGACUACUCCACAGGUGCUGGUUCUGCAGGAGUUGCAGGCUCCGAUGCAGGCUUUGGGGAGUCUGGUGGAGGAGGCACCCUUGGAGGGACUGGUGGCUUUGGACGACCUGUAGGAGGUGGGACUGGUGGUUUUGGAGGAGUUGGGGCUGGUGGAUUUGGACGACCAGGAGGAGGGACUGGUGGCGUUGGACGACCUGUAGGAGGUGGGACUGGUGGCUUUGGAGGUGCUGGGGCUGGUGGAUUUGGACGACCUGGAGGUGGGACUGGUGGAUUUGGAGGGGCUGGUGGAGGAGGAACCGGUCUCUUCGGAGGAACCGGAGGUGGAGGAGUAACCGGAGGUUCAAAUGGAGGAGGAGGAGGCCUCUUUGGAAGCGGCUUUGGAGGAACGGGUGGAAGCACUGGAACUGGUGGAUUUGGAGGAACCGGUGGAGGUGGAGGACUCUUCGGAGGAGCUGGAGGCUUCGGUGGAACUCCAGGAGUUGGAGGUGGAGGAGGAGCCGGUGCGGUACCUGGAGGUGGAGUUGGUGGGGGCGUUGUACCUGGAGGUGGCGUUGGAGGCUCCGCUGGAGAAGUGUUGAAUUGUCGAUUCACUCCAACCUACGAUAAGGUGGUGGGCGUAGACCUACGUGGAGCCAGGGAGGAGAUCCGCGCCAGGGACCAGCUGGGAGUGACCAUCGAGUGUCUGAAGGAGUGCGACCGCCGCCAGGGGCGAUGCUUGGCCGUCACCCUCGAAACCUCGCCCUCGAACGCCCAGCGAUGCUACGCCCUUGAGCGGGCGGCUGGCCAGGACCCCGCAGCCCUCACGCCCGCACCAGAGGUCUCCUACUUCGAGAAAGUCUGCAUUCCAGAGCGGAGCUGCGGGAAGGCCUGGUCCUUCGUCAGAGUGCCAGGGUACGACCUUAACGUCAAUGGUCGCAUUCUCAACAACGUUCCCACGCGCCAGGAGUGCCAAGCAGAGUGCCUCAGAGCCACCGACAUCCCCUGCAGGUCUGCGGUGUUCGACGCCAGACAACGAACCUGUCGCUUGAUGGGGGAGACUAGGAGGACUGAUCCUGACAAGUUCACCUACACCUCUCUUAAUGUGGAGUUUAUGGAGAAUCAGUGUGCUCCAGAUCCACCCAACUGUGACUACGCCAACUACGAGGGCCGCUUCCUGCCCUACUUCGACCGGUUCUUCACAAACGUCUUCGACCCGGCGGAGUGCAAGCAGUACUGCGACAGCGAGAGGGACUUCUCCUGCCGGAGUUAUAACUUCCAGUCGUUCCGGCGUGAGUGUUCGCUGAGCUCAGACGACACCUUCACCACCGGCGGCCAGAACGCCCUCCAGGUCGAGCGGGACUACUUCUACUCCGAGCGGGGCGCCUGCAAGACCGUGAAAGUAGACUGCACGCCCACCGACAUGCUCGUCACCUUCUCCUUCGGUACCCCCUUCGAGGGACGCGUGUACGCCACAGGUAACGCCCAGGCCUGCUUCGAGAUGGGCAACAGACAGACGCAGCUCAUCUUGCGAGUGCCACUAGGCACCACCUGUGGCACCAAGGAAGAGGCGUCGGGGAAGUUUGUCAACACUGUUGUAGUGCAGCAGCACCCGCUCAUCAUGCAAGAGUCUGAUAGAACAGUUCGGGUGGAGUGUUCGUUCGAGGCGGGGGACCAGACUGUUAGCUACGCUCCCGAAGCCAGCGCCGGCAGGACCGGAGGUGGGAUCGAUAUCAAUGCGCAGUUCCGACCGGGGGCUAACGAUAUCAUUAGCAACACUGCGCCCACGCCCACGGUGCGCAUGCGCAUCUACAAAGCCAAUGGGGAGGAAGCGAACAACGUCAACCUUGGGGAGCUGCUGACCCUGAAGAUUGAGAUGGAGCAGUCGUCAGCCUUCGCUAUUUUUGCUAGGAACCUGGAGGCGAGGACGGACAACGGAGAGUUGAUGACCCUUGUUGACAAUAUUGGGUGCCCGCGGUACCCGUCCAUAUUCCCGGAGCUACAACUGGAGGAGAGGACUAAGAGCCUCUACGGGGACUUCAAGGCCUUCAGGUUUCCCUCUACUGCCCGCGUCAACUUCGUGGCUACCGUCAGGUUCUGUCAGGACCGCUGUGAUCCGGUCCCGUGUGGCUCAGGCGUUGUGUCGUACGGUCGCCGUCGCCGCCGCCGCCGUACUGCGGUGAACACGACCGAGAACCACGAAGACGUCGACGAAGUAGAAGAUGAGGGGCAGACUACACACAUCGAACUCUCCACAGAUGGUACGCUUGAGAACACCUUCACCUUCAGCGUGGAACCCUUCGAGGUCUCAGAGGAGACGUUACCGCCGGUGACUACCAGAACGACCAAACGUUCCCUGAGCACCACCAAACGUUCUGUAAACACCACUACCACUACCACCAGCACCACCACCACCGGUUCUACCAGAACGACCACCCCUACCACCACCACCACAGAAGGAACGACAACCAAAGAGGAUAUUAAUCCUGCUGAAAUGCCAAGUGAUAUUCCUGUUGCUCUCUCGCUGGUGGUGGGAGAGGACACCAUGCCUGAGGGUUGGGAUGACCGCCACAGACACCGGUAUAGAGAUGAGACCUACGUCGCGGACGACUACGUGUGCACACCGACCUCGACGGUGGUCGCCGCGGUACUGACGCUCCUCGUCCUCCUGUGCGCGGGGUCGGUUGGCUUCGUUUUCUUUUACCGCACCAAGAAGCGCCAUUGGCAGAAAAUGGGAAGCUGCGAGCCCUUUCCCUUACCUCCACAGCCCAAAACCCAGUUCUUCAACAGCCCUGAGGUGAUGUUCAGGGCAGCUUAUGGGGGCUUCCCCGGCCAGUCCAACCUAGCCUCAAACAUGGCGGCUUUCACCACUGCGCAAGCGAUCUCCCCCAUGCACGAAGACGCCCCUCAGUAUAAGGAAUAGGUGUGGCUUGGAGGAGGAUGCGGCCAGAACGCUGAUGGUCCAACCGCAUGGGGCCAUUGGGGAAUCGAGCAGCGAUCCUGCAUGAAAAGAGAGAUCGUCGCUCUACUGACCAACGUAUCUUCUUUGGACGCGAGUGUGUGUGUGUGUGUGACAAGUGUGUGUGUGUGUGUGUGUGUGUGUGUGUGUGUG